UUUCGUCAUAAAACCUCUGGACCAAAUUCGAGCACUCAACUCCCUCUUCUUCCCUCAGCUUUCCCUGCGUGAAGCCAUUUCAUCGUCCGUCGCCGGUGGUACUUACAGAGUGAAGAUGAACCUCUCACUUCCUCCCACUCUCUCUCCUCCCUAAAACCCCUCUUAAACCCCCAAUUUCCAUUUUCCACAACCCUAACUCCAUAACCCUAAUUUCCACCCCUUCUCUCAAUUCCCCCCAAAUCCUACGCUUGUGAUGUAUUCCCGCCGCCUGUAGAUCUUGUUUUGCCGCCGGAAUGUAGAUCUUGUUUUGCCGCCGGAAUCGGUUAUGAAAGAAACGAGUACUUCACCGCCGCCUGUAGAUCCUGUUUUGCCGCCGGAAUGUGAGAUUUAUGCGGUGGCGGAGAGGAUGUGGAUUCCGUUAAGCCCGAGGAAGUGGCUGCAGCUGCCACCGCUGCUCCUACUGCCCCAGUUUCCUCACCGCCGAUCCCUGAUGGGAAUUCGCCGGUUGUGGUGGAACAAACGAGGAGUUUGUUUUCGCCAAUGAGAAUUUACCAGAAACAAAGCAUGGGUUUAGAGACAUCGACAACUCCUUGGCUUAGGCUCUUGUCACAGUAUGCACAGAAUCAAACUUUACCUAUAUCAGUGCCCGUUUUCUCAGUUAGUUCAAACAGACAAUGUAAUCUCAUUUUGAGAGAUCAAACGGCGAGUGGGAUCCUUUGCCGGAUAAAAAAUACUAAGCGUGAAGGCUGCAUGAUUGAUGUUCUUGAAAGCACAGGAAGCAAGGGAUCUGUGUUUGUAAAUGGGAUGAGUGUGAAGAAGAACACCAGCCGUCUUUUGCAUUCUGGGGAUGAACAUGGUGCUGACCCGAAUCUUGGUUUACAAGGAGAAAAACCUUUGAUUGUGGCUUUAUCUUCUGGCAAUAUACAGAUUAUCAAAUGCUUGCUUAAAGCUGGAGCUGAUCCUAAUACUACUAAUUUUGUAAUCUUGCAGUUGUAGACACCCUCUUUGAUGUUUCUGCUCGUAUUCCUCAUAUUCCGACCUGGAGCAUUCAUGGAAUUCACGAGUAUCUCAACUCCGAGGAAGAAAAAACUCAGGAGGAGAUUGUAGAUGAAACAGAUGAAUAUAUUGAUGUUCAUAAGAGAAUACGUGUUGCUGCAUAUUACAGCUGCUACCUUAGUUGCACGUGUUCCAUCAAUCCGGAGGUUGACUAGCCAAAAAGCUCUUGUCUAUACUCCGAGGACUGCGCCUUAUGCUAGUGAGGAAAUUGAUGUGGUUCGUGAGAAAUGGGCGAAGUUUU